AUGAUAAAAGCGAUACAAUUGAUAGGUAUGUUUAUCGAUUUUCUCUGGACUACAAUGUAGUCUACAUGAUUUCGUCAAUUAUUUACAAUUAGGCAGGAAAAUGUUGAAUCCUCGAGUUAUCGUAUCUCAAAAUGAAGCGGAUAUCAAGAAUCAGAAAUCGAUUGUAACAGUUCUUGGAUGGGCUGGAGGAUCGGAGAGAAAUGUGGAAAAAUAUGCGAAGAUUUAUCAGGAUAAAGGGUGAGUUUAGAUGACAUGUGUAAAUCAAAAUCGAAAUUUGCAGGUUCAAAACAAUUCAAUACACCGCUCCAGCUUAUAAUAUUGGCUGGGGAGUUGGAAAAUCUCGAAAAGUCACCGAACUCGCUGAAACUUUGGAUAAAUUGAUCAAAAAGGAUCCGAAGAAAAAACUCAUUUUUCACGUAUUUUCGAUGAAUGGAGUAUUCACAUUUUGCUCGUUGAAUAUACAAUAUCCGGAAUUGAGAAUAAUGGAGAAAUGUGAGGGAAUGUUUUUCGAUAGUUGUCCGAUUCAUAAUAUUGAUGGAGAUUGGAAAAUGAUUAAGGCUUAUUCGAUUGUUAUGAAACAUGUUUAUGAUAGCAUGGUAAGCAUUUUGGAGGAGAAACUUGUGAGAAUGUCGUCUAUUUUUUUUCAAAGAAAAAAUUUAGUCUUCAAAUCAUUUUCGUGUACCGAAUUAAAAUGUCAAAAAAAUUUCAAAUAUACAAAUUUUUUGAAACGUAUUUUUCAGAAGUCAAAUUUUAAGGCGGAAAAUUUGGAAGCAUAAAAAUUAUUCUGAUUUUGAGUAAAUGUUCAGUUCAAAUUUGAAAAAAUCUCAAAUUUCAGAAAAUACUUUCUGAAACCUGAGAGAUUUUCCAAAAAAACAUGCUAGCCACGUCAUAACUCAUUUACAGAAUCAAGUAAAGGUCUACUAAAAAAAUAAAUUCCUUCUUUCAGAAAAUCAACACAAACUUCAUCACAAAUAGCAUCUACGAAGUGUCGAAAUUCCUAGCAAUCAUGAAAUAUGUCUAUUCCUCAAUUCGCGACAAAACCCUCGUCAAAAGCGGCUUAGCCGAAAUCGAGCAAGUUUCAUCCUAUCAUUAUCUUCUCAAAAAUCCCGAAUUACCCAAAGUUUUAUCAUUUGUUUAUUCGGACGGCGAUUUGGUUUGCGAUGCGAAAUUGAUUCAUGAAUUUCAAGAAAAAGUACGGGAAAAUAGGAGGAGGAAUGUGAUUAGUACGAGGUAUACGGAUUCACUGCAUGUUGAGCAUUUUCGACGAUAUCCGAAGGAGUAUUUAGCCCAAAUUGAUGAGUUUUUGAGGAAGAUUGAAGAGUCAAGAGGAGAUUUUAACUCGAAGUUAUAG